AUGUGGGUUAGCGCAUCGAACGCUUUGUGCAAGCAGAAACGCGCCUUCAAUAAUACCACCUACUACUACUACUACUAUUGCUACUACUACUACUACUACUACUACUACUACUACUACUACUACUACUACUACUACUACUACUACUACUACUACUACUACUACUACUACUACUACUACUACUACUACUACUACUACUACUCAAGCCUGUCACGAAAACUGCAAAAUGCCCAAUUCGGUGAAGAAAUGGCACUUGCCCGUCGUCUUUCAUUUCCACAACAGCGAAAAAUCGAAGGAAAACUUCAACCCUAUUCAUAUCACUACAUACCGGACUGGAAUCUGAACCAGUGCCUGACCUAUGAUUCGAAAGAGGCGAUUGACAUGAACACGAAACCUAUUCGGGGCUAUAUCAGUUCCACGGGACAAGCCCCGGGUGAGGAAAACAUCCGACCGAGAUCUGUUUCCCUCCCGAGCAUCCGAACAGGUCAAACGGGAGCGGAGCUCGUGCUGGGCUGGAGUCGAAGCGCCGGAGUGAAUCGAGCUCUACUCACAUUCCACAUCGAAUCCGGCAUUGGAGCCAUGUGA